CUUCUGGUCGUUGUCUGGCGCUUCUCCUUAUUUCUGCUGCUCUUCGUAUCGGUCCAAAUCCGUCCAGGUCCGUCCAGAUCCGUCCAGAUGCACAAUGUUCGCCCAUGGGAGCCAGCGCCCUCCGCCCCAGACAGCUGCCCUGCCUCUCCGUACCCGCCGCUCUGCCGUCGCCUGUACAACCUGUCGACGGCGCAAAAUCCGCUGCGAUGUGACUGUCAGCGGAGCGCCUUGUACCAACUGCCGCCUCGAUAAUGAUCGGUGUGUCACGGUGAAUCUGAAGCGCCCGCGGAAGACGCACAACGUAGAGGCAGGCACAGCUACCCAGGAUACCAGCCUUGCUCUUGUAGCCAACAAUGCAAAGUUCCCAGACUAUCACACCAGGUCUGGCUCGAUUCACAAUGCCUGGCCACCUCCUGUGUUUCCAGAGACGAGAUGGCUUCCUCCAACCGAUGUAGCAUACUUGACCAGCCAGCAAGCACUCACUCUCCCCAAAAAAGCGACCAUCGACAUCUUGCUUCAGUGCUAUUUCCUACACAUUCACCCUUGCUUCCCUAUUGUCAAGGAAAGCGAAUUCCGCCACGGCAGUCUCUAUCAAAAACCCUUUUCGCUGCUGGUCUUCCGGUCGAUGCUCUUCGCUGCAGCCUGUCACAUUCCUAUGCAGUGUGUCAAGGAUACUGGACAUGCUUCCGUUGCACACCUGAGGCACUCGCUUUAUAAAACAGCCAAGUCAUUAUAUGACUUUGGAGUAGAAAAGGACCCAUUCCAUAUUGCGCAAGCGACGCUGCUACUUGCUUACCAUUUGGACCCUGCAGACCCUCUAUGCAACGAGACAUGGCUAGCUAUUGCGGUGCAGCAUACGCGGCGAGUGAACACUCACCGAAACCAGCUGCAGCAGGGUCGUCGAGAAGUAAGUGAGUCUGAUAUCAAGCGUCUAUGGUGGUGCUGCGUUUUGCGAGAUCGCAUCUUGGCACUUGCGCCCCGUCGCCCGCUUGUUAUCACUCUCGACCAAUUCGACCCUUCAAAGACAGAGCACUUAACUAUAGACGAGCUUUGGGAGGGGGAUUCCAGCUUCUAUAGCCAUUCUAUGAGGGAAGUUCUGUACCAAGUCUUUGUCAGCCAGUGCCGACUCGUGUCUAUAUUGACGCCCUUGGUCAUGUCUACAGAGUACUUUCCCGACCUUGUAGGGCCGCAGGUCUGUAUAAACAAGGAGAGGGCUCUCAGCUGGCAGGCAUAUUCACGGCUAUCCUCUUGGGAGGAGGAGUAUUGCGUCCUGUUAGGGCAUGAAGAAACCCACAAGAACCUGGCUGUGGCAGUCAACAUCCACCUCACUUCCUUGUUCUACAUAGGAGCUCUCCUGGCCGUGUUGAACCGCCUCGCUGUGAUGCAUCUCUCUGACUGCUACUGCACUUUGUCCUCCCCCAGACUGAGCGACUCGGCCGGCCGCAAGGUAUAUCUACGCGGCCUUCACAGCCUGGUCUCAAAAACAAACAACGAAGUCCAGUGGUUCACUACAAACAACGUCCUCCACUUCCUUCCUGUCACAACCAGAUGGCUCACUCUCGUACAGCACGCCCUAAGCAUCCUCUGGCUUCACGGCGACAACCUCGACGAACAGACUACUUCCACCUCCCAACCAGCCAUCCCUACCCCCCUCAGCUCCUAUACAGAUCUAGACAACGACCACAGCAACCGAUUCGGCCUAGACACCCUCUCCCAAUCCCUCCCGCAUGUCGUCAGACUCACAAUAUCAGCCUAUGACGCCACGUCCACCACCAAAGAACCCCAGCACCAGCAUCCAUACAAAACCACAAUCACCCAACCAGACGGCUCCAUCGACUUAACACCCCUCACCACAGCAGAAAUCAUCCGUCUCGCCAACAUCUCCCUCCGCCUCUCCGUCGCAAUGGACUACGCCUCCACAAUCGGCGACUGUCGCCAGUUCACCCUCGAAAGCCUCUCAACUCUCCUCCGCCGUCUGGACAUCCAUCGCCAGCCGAGUAACUGCUCCGCAUCUGCUGCUCCUGCGAGGCCAAAUAUGGAUAUAAACCUUAUCGAAUCGCCCGCGCAAAUGCAGUAUACGAUUCUAGGAAAUGCAAGUGCUGCAACGCCUAGUUCCGAGAGCGGGUCUCAGAAUCCGCAGCAGGAGGUCUCUUUACCUUUAUCUUUGCGUGGUUCUGGGCCUGGUGUUAAUAUUCCGGGUGCGGCAAUUACAGCCUGUGAUGGCAGAGAUGCAGAUGUAGAUUCAAAUGCGGGUGAUGGUGAUGGCGGUGCAACUUCAUUGGAAAGAUUCGGCGCUACUGCGGAAAUGGCGGGCCAUUCUAUGCAGGAGUGGGCGAGUGAGUUGGAGGAGUUUUUGGGGCCUUUGUUUGGUCUCUAGUCUGG